CAAUACAUACAUAGGGAAGGUUUGGACUUUGAAGUCUGUUAUAGGCUGCUAUUAGACAGUACAUUACGUACAGGCCACCAUGAAUUACUCUAAUCAUUCAUGUCAUUAUAUCCAGCAAAACAUCUCCGGCUUCUGCAUUCUAUACGACAACGAAAUCGAAAAAUUCUCCGGUAGACGACAGUCCCAGAAUUGUCGUUUUGGGAUCUCAUUGGACAGGCAUUGCUGUAAUGUUCUCCAUCUCCAUGACCCAGUCUCUGUUCCGGUGGAAGAAAUCAACUCAAAACCGCUUGAAGGUUUAGCCCUUUAGCCUUUUUUACUGUUGGGCAGCCGCAGACGUAAUGUACGACAAAUUAAACCCUCUGAUUAAUUCUUUAAACAAAUCCUUAAUCACUUCUUAUCACCUAAUUCAAUAAUUGCAGACUAUAACCCCAGAAUAGUCACCACUCCAUGGUCCAAAAAACCCACGUAAAAGCAUUCAUCUUUGUCUCUAGAACCAGCAACCCAGUUGAUGGUUUCGAGUUUUGAAUCGACCCAGAUGAAGUUCCGGAUUGGAUGUGUGUUGUUUGUUGUGUUGUGUCUUUGUUCUGGAGCAAAUUCCCAGUGCGGUAGUAGCCAAAGCUGCGAUGCUUUGGGUUCUUAUUACUUAUGGCAGGGCACCAAUCUCACCUUCACUGGAACGUUAAUGAACACCAGCGACGCCAUCAUCACCAGUGUUAACAAAUUGCCGAACAAGGACAGUGUUCAAUCCGGGACGAGGGUCAAUGUUCCGUUCAGCUGUGGCUGCAUAAAUGGUUCGUUUCUGGGCCACGUGUUCGAGUACGACGUCGUCAAAGGCGACACGUACGAAAAGGUUGCGAGUUUGUACUAUGCCAACCUGACCACGGCGGAUGCUAUGGCGUGGUUCAAUGAGUAUUCUGAGAUUGACAUACCCGAUAAUGCGAAGCUGAAUGUGGUGGUCAACUGUUCGUGUGGGAAUAGCGCGGUUUCCGAGGACUAUGGGUUGUUUAUCACGUACCCACUUCUGCCCGGAGACAGUUUGGCUUCGAUUGCUCAGACGGAGAAUCUGGAUCAGAAUUUGCUGCAGGAUUAUAAUCCGGGUGUGAACUUUAGCGGAGGGAGUGGUUACGUGUACAUUCCGGGCAAAGAUCAAAAUGGAAGCUAUGUGCCUUUGAAGCAAAGUUCAGCUGGACUGGCAGGUGGAGCCAUUGCUGGCAUAAUUGUUGGAGUAAUUGCUGGAGUGCUGUUAGUGGCUGGUUUUGUAUAUUUUGGAUUUUACCGAAAGAAGAAGGUGGACACAACUGCACUGUUACCAACAUCUGAACAAUCUUCUCAAAAUGGGCGCUCCCUUGGAAUUAUCCCAGAUAAAUCUACUGAAACCAACAGUGCUUCUAGAGGCCCAACAGGCAUUACCGUGGACAAAUCAGUGGAGUUCUCUUUUGAAGAACUUUCCAGGGCUACUGAUGACUUCAGUCUGGCUAAUAAGAUUGGACAAGGUGGUUUUGGGGCUGUUUACUAUGCCGAGCUGAGAGGCGAGAAAGCUGCAAUCAAGAAGAUGGAUAUGCAAGCAUCAAAAGAAUUUCUUGCCGAAUUAAACGUUUUGACUCGUGUACAUCACUUGAAUCUGGUGCGCUUGAUUGGUUAUUGUGUUGAGGGAUCCCUUUUUCUCGUAUAUGAAUACAUUGAAAAUGGCAAUUUAAGCCAACAUCUGCGCGGUUCAGGGAGGGACCCAAUAUCAUGGUCUAAUAGAGUGCAGAUUGCCCUGGAUUCAGCAAGAGGUCUUGAAUACAUUCAUGAGCAUACUGUUCCUGUUUAUAUCCACCGUGACAUAAAGUCAGCCAAUAUAUUAAUAGACAAGAACUACCAUGCAAAGGUUGCAGAUUUUGGAUUGACUAAACUGACUGAAGUUGGAAGUUCAUCACUCCCCACGCGUCUUGUGGGGACAUUUGGAUACAUGCCACCAGAAUAUGCUCAGUAUGGCGAAGUUUCUCCCAAAGUAGAUGUAUAUGCCUUUGGAGUCGUCCUUUAUGAACUAAUCUCUGCCAAGGAAGCAGUUGUGAGGGCAAAUGCUUCUGGAGCAGAAUCAAGGGGCCUUGUUGGUUUGUUCGAGGAAGUCCUUAAUCAGCCCGAUCCAAGAGAAGAGCUCCAAAAAGUGGUUGACCCUAGGCUUGGGGACAACUAUCCACUUGAAUCAGUCCGCAAGAUGGCCCAACUUGCCAAAGCAUGCGUGCAUGAGAAUAAAGACUUGCGACCAAGUAUGCGAUCUAUUGUUGUUGCGUUAAUGACACUUUCUUCAUCAACUGAGGAUUGGGAUGUCGGAUCCUUCUACGAAAAUCAAUCUCUUGUCAAUCUAAUGUCAGGAAGGUAGAAUCUGAUGCAAAAUGCUGUUUGUGUUUAUAGUAAGUUUCUUUGAACAUUACGAAUCUAAGAUAUCAUAGACAUUGUACAGACACGUAAUCGAGCACUGUGAGUCUUUUGUAAACUGUACAUACAUAAUAUCAUUAAAGUAUCAAUGAAGAGGUAAAAGUUACAUA